GUGAGAGUUUGUUCGAUAAAAGCAGAAACAUUAUUUAUCGGUACCAACAUGUGAAGGUGCGCCAAAAAAUACUGACUUUUGAGAAUAAUUGCAAGGUUAUUAAUAUAAUAAAAUAUGGCCAACAAAACCUACAACGACCUUCUCUGCGAAACAUCGGAGCUAAUCGGUGAGGCCACUCAAGUUGACGAAGCGCUUUUCGAAUCCGGUGUAGCUGAAAGAUCAACGCUCCAACCGCUUCUGCUCGAACUAAGAGUUAGAUACACAAUAUUGCUUUCAAGGCUGGAUGCGGUAUACGACCAGAUUCUGCAGCCACAAAAGCGCCUAAUUGUGAACAGGCUACUGGAGUCAUGCUUAGGAAGGCUGAUAGAAAUAAAGCAUGAUCUUGUGGAGUUGCAUCUCAGUGAUUUUACUUUUGAUGACGACGAGGCACUCAAAAAAUUGCAAGUGACGCCAUACGAAGCAGAACCGUGUAUUCCACAAUACUUCGUAAGAGAAAGAGAAGAAGAAAUAAAAAGCAGAAGAGGAUUUAUAGAAGAAACGCUAAGAAAGCUUGGACAUGAGCCAGAAAAGCAAAAACCUUUAGUACUAACCGAGCAGCAAGCGGUGCUAAUUAUACAAAGCCAUGAACGAGCCAGACAGGGAAGGCUAAGAGGACAAUUUAUGAAAGAGAUCCGUCUACUGAAAGAAAAAGGACGAGACCAAAAAGGAGAAAUGACGCCGGCUGCAGCAACAUCUAUUCAAAAAGUUUGGAGAGGAUUUAUAGCAAGACGGGAAACUAAAAGGAGAAAGAGAGCCGAGCAGCUACUGAUAGGAAUGGACCUUCCCACAUAUAUGGAGUCAAUGGAAAUCAAAAAAGCUGAAGAGGUUAAAGACUUCCGUCGUCAGCUACAAGUUCAAAGGGAGAAAGAGUAUCAAGAGGCCUUAGAGAAAAUUGAAGAGCAACUCCGUAUUCAAAACGGUGUAAAGAUUAAUGAACAAAUAGGAGACGAACUAAGGCGUUGGAUUAGGGAAUACUACGAUAGAACUGCAAGGUUCCCGGAAUUCCCUUCUGAAGAUGCUGGUGGUAGUAGAACUAUGUAUAGCCGACAAGGUACUGGUGUUGAUAGUGAUUUAAGCAAAUCAUCUCCUGUCUCGUCAAAAGAAUCGAAGAGAAGCAAAGAAAGCAAAGACAAGAAGAACAGCAAAGCAGAAGAGAGCAAGAAUAAAGACGAGGUUGAUGAUUUACAAAUGUACAAGUGUCGGAGCUCUGCCUUCCUGCAGGAAAUAACAAAUGCGAAUGAAGAAUUCGAAGAUAUCUGGAAGUUCAAAGAUGAUGCUGAUAAUCCUCACGAGCGAUACUAUAAAGACAUGAUAGAAAGAGAAAAGAUGGUGAAAAUAGAGCAUGAGAUACGAAAUGUUGUAGAUGAGAUGAUGAGAAGUGAAUUGGAACUAUUACAGGCAGCUUUUGAUAAAGAUAGAGCACACAAAGGAAAGAAAUCUAAGAAACCACAGAAAAAGGUACGGCGCGGAGGUAAGAAGAGUAAGAAGAAAAAAGAAAAAGACUUAACACCAGAUAGAACGACUGAAUCGCUUUUCGAAGAGUUAGUCAUGAAUGGUAUAAUAAAACCGUAUCCGAUAGUUAAAAUUGAUGAUUAUUUGGGAGAAAAGUGCUACGUUGGGGGCGAAUGGAGAAAUGAAGGAAAAGAAGCGACACCAUGUCUUGGAGAUAUAAGACAGCUGAUCAAAGAAUAUUGUAUACUACCAUUGGGUUCAGAACAAGUAAGGAGUCAGGCCCCGUUAGUACGAUCUGUUCUAUUAACUGGACCAGCAGGUAGUGGAAAGAAAUUUUUACUCAAAGCAAUUUGCAGUGAAGUUGGAGGAACACUUUUUGAUCUAACACCAGCCAAUAUAGUUGGGAAAUAUCCUGGUAAAUCAGGAUUGAUCAUGUUGAUCCAUUUAGUUAUGAAGGUGUCUAGACUGUUACAGCCAUCUGUUAUAUGGAUGGACGAAGCUGAGAAGCCGUUUGUAAAGAAAAUACCGAAAACUGAUAAGACUGAUCCGAAAAGACUGAAGAAAGAUUUGGUUAAAAUUAUAAAGGGGAUAUGUCCGGAAGAUAGAGUGUUAUUCAUUGGAACUUCUAGGACUCCAUGGGACGCUGAACAAAAAUUACUAUUCCAAUGUUACCAGAAAGUGAUACAGAUUCCCAGGGCUGACUACGGAAGCAUAUCUUUGAUGUGGAAAACAAAACUGCAUAGAGCUGGUGCACUAUCUCCCAGAUUAGAAGUUUCAUGUUUAUCUAGGAUUUCUGAUUCUUAUACUAUUGGUACACUUCUGUCAGUACUAGAUGAAGUUCUAACUACGAAGCGACGGCUACAACUCCGAGUACGUGCUUUAACGGCUCAAGAAAUUGCUGUACAAUUGAGUUUCAGAGAACCGGUCUAUGUCGAACAUGAUGCUCUAGCAGAGGCUUGGAUGUUUAAAACGCCUUUGGAAAGAAGAAAACAGAAAGCCCUGCAGAGACUCCAAGAACUGCAACAGGAGGCAGAAGCUGCUGCCAAGUAGACCACGAGAUCUUGUCAUAUAAGAGGCAGAAGAAAUAAAAGCUAUAUACAGAAGUA